GUAAAGAGUGAAUGAGGAGAGCGAGUUCUUCUGCUGUGGUCGGGAUGCUGUCUGGAUCAAAUAUGUCUCACACUGUGACUCUCGCCGGUCCCUCGCCGUGGGGGUUUCGUCUGGUGGGCGGACGGGACUUCAGCACACCGCUCAUCAUUUCAAGAAUAACACCUGCGAGUAAAGCAGCACUGGGUGAUUUGUGCCCUGGAGACACCAUCCUAGCCAUCAAUGGAGAAAGUACGGAGACCAUGACACACAUGGAGGCUCAGAACCACAUUAAAGCCUGCACAGAUCAGCUUGUGUUGGCCAUCAGCAGAUCUGGAAAGGUUUGGUCUCCGACUGGAAUAGAAGAAAACAAGACAAGUCCAUACACAGGCACACUGGAGUCUGACUCGCAGACCUUUCGACCAAUCAGCAGCGGCUAUAGCCCCACUCCCAAGAGUCCGUCCCCCAAGAGUCCCAUCACAGGUGCUGUGCCCUACAACAACGGCACCUCCAGACCUGCCUACAACAAUCCAGCAGGCCUGUAUUCACACAAUAAUGGAAAUGGUGCCCUACCAAAGCAGAUGGCAGGCCUCAGCCUGGGCUCCACUCACAGCCCUGAUCUGCCAGUAAAUUCAUCAGGCAACCGCAACGGCUUCGACACACAGUCAGACGUCUACAGGAUGCUCCAGGACUAUGUGGAACCUGUGUCAGCUCCCAAACAAUCUGGCUCCUUCAAAUACCUGCAGGGAAUCCUGGAAGCUGAGGACGGGGGGGUCUCACCGGUGGACAGACACGGGGUCAGAGGCCUGCGUUCCCCUGUCAGAUCCCCCGUGCCAAAGCUGGGCAGCCCCAUUGCAGCUCCUCUGGCACCCAUCCACGGCUUACAGAAGCUGCCGCAGUGCACACGCUGUGCAAACGGCAUUGUGGGAACCAUCGUGAAGGCCAGAGACAAGCUCUAUCACCCCGACUGCUUCAUGUGUGACGACUGCGGGCUGAAUCUAAAGCAGAGAGGAUACUUCUUCAUCGAUGAGAAUCUGUAUUGCGAGACGCACGCCAAAGCCCGAGUGCAGCCUCCGGAGGGGUACGACGUGGUGGCCGUGUAUCCCAACUCCAAAGUGGAACUGGUCUAAGCACACACACACACUUUAACCCAAACACACACACACAGGUUUUCCAUGAGGAUUCAUCUCGGCCAAGUGGAAAUGAGAAUAACAAACUGAAAUGUCUUCUUCAGACCCUGCUCAACUUUAACCUGGACUCUGUAGAUUGUUAACCUGCAGUUAACCUUAUUCCUAGGUUAGACAGUCUCCCUAACAUUCAUACAGAGCAGUUUGGUGUUGCUUUAUUAAGAGGAAAGUUUGAAACGCAAGAUAACUGAAUAAACAAAACAAUAUCUGUCCACCUAAAUUCCAGUGGCACACCAGCGAUUUAUUUUCCUGAAAGCUGUGGUGAACUGAGGUGCUCGAAAAGACCACGAAGAAUGUCCCGAGCCAUGUGGAAAAUGGAAAUGGUAGUCAUUUAUUCAGAAAGUUUGGGACAGUGUGUUUAUUCUUUGGCUGAGAAGCCAAGACGUGUUUUUUUCUCUCUUGCUUCCAUCACCAAAUCGAACUUAUCUUUGCUGUAAACCGAAGAAAAAGGAGACAGCAUUACGAAAACUGCAUUUGAUUGGCUCUGAGCAAAUUUAUGCUACAUGCAUGUUGUGUGUGAAUAUGUUUUGACACCUAAUGAUAAUUUUCUGUCAAUUUCUGUGGCAAAUAUGCAAUGCAUUCUCAGGAGAAAUGUCUACGGAUGGUUUCUCAUCAGCUAUCAUCAUGGUGAAGAGAAUAUUGCUAAAUCAGGCCACACAUACCAGCAUCUUUGAUCUAUUUAGGUAUUUCUUGACGUUUUCUGUCAUAAAGCAAGCUACCUGAGAA